AUGGACAACCAAGGCCCUCCACCAGGGUAUGACUACAGCAGCAGCAGCAGCCGACAACCUCAGGAUGGGUACAAUUCCCAAUAUCAAUCCCGAAGAAUUACUGGGCAACCUUCGUCAGGCAGUGUCAGAAUGAUGGCACAACAGUUUGAAGAGCCGGCGUCCUACAAACCCGAUCUCAGAGUCUUAAAAAUUGGCGCAUGGACCCGGAUGUGGGUUCUACGAAACGCGAUUUUCGACGCUCUCGCACAACAGCCAGUUCUGAAGUAUCAAAACCGCGGACAGAGCUAUACUUUGUUCAAAAUGGAGAUCCAGAUUGAGGCUGCAUAUCCUCCCUGUUUACUUCGGAACAUAGGAACAUAUCGACGACCUUAUGUUGAAUCUGUUGCUGACUCAAACUUUAUACCUUCUGGUCGUAGACCUGCCACGCCGCAUCGAUCAUAUCGUCCUGUCUCUCCAAGCCUGAUGUCCCCUUCUAGAACAACAACACUGUUCUCACUCCGGCAAACAAACAACCAGGCAUAUGCCCCAUCAUCAUCUUCCCAAUCUCCUCUUCCAUGGGCACCCACAAAUGGUCAGGCCGGUGAAGAGCGUCCAUGGACGCCAGCCACGAGGACAACAGCAGACUGGCGGCGACCCCAGGCCUCUUCCCAUACAUAUGAACCUCUUGAUCUCAACGGUAGUCCGAGACCAGUGACGCCUGGUGUUUAUAGUACGACGUCAUCUGCGGAUUCCAGACCGCUCCCUCGACCGCCCCCACUUUUCUCGAAGAAACAGGAUCACCGAGACGACUUCAGUUCUCUUGCAAGCACAUCAGCGGAGACCUACGAGACAGAUUCCUAUGAUGAUGAUGAUGAUGAGGACGAUGAGGACGAUGAGGACGAUGAGGACGAAAGUGUCUUUGAGGACCGAAGAGAUGGUAAACCAGCGCUCAGGUCUCACAAAUCAAGUUUAAGCACGACUUCAUAUGACACCGACAAUACUGUCACCAUAGAAGCUGAGGACGACAUUUACCGGAAGAUUGAUGAAGAAGAUCUCGGUGAAGCUUCAAUUGAGGCCGGAGGCCAGCACUAUGGCCCUGCCCCAACUGGAGCAACAGAGAGGCGGCAUCGAAAAGCUCAAAAAUCCCAAAAACAGGUUCGCCUUAUCAACGGAGAGCUUAUUCUCGAAUGCAAAAUCCCCUCGAUUUUGCAUUCCUUUUUACCUCGUCGAGAUGAAGAAGAAUAUACAUCAAUGAGAUAUACUGCCGUAACAUGUGAUCCCGAUGAUUUUAUCAAUCGAGGCUACCAAUUACGACAGAAUAUCUUGAAGCGAGAUACUGAACUUUGCAUUUGCGUCACGAUGUAUAACGAAGACGAAAUUUGCUUCACAAGAACCAUGCACGGAGUAAUGCGAAAUAUUGCACAUAUGUGUUCUCGUAGCAAAUCCAGAGUUUGGGGAAAGGACGGGUGGCAGAAGAUCGUUGUUUGCAUCGUCGCCGACGGGCGUAAAAAGAUCCACCCUCGGGUCCUAGACGCUCUUGCCGCAAUGGGUUGUUACCAAGAUGGUAUCGCAAAGAACUUGGUCAACGGCCGAGAAGUCACAGCACACGUCUAUGAAUAUACGACACAGGUAUCUUUAGACGCCGACUUGAAGUUCAAAGGUGCCGAAAAGGGUAUCGUUCCAGUACAAACCAUUUUCUGCCUCAAAGAAAAGAACUCAAAGAAGUUGAACUCACAUCGUUGGUUUUUCAAUGCCUUCAGCGCUGCUCUGGAUCCCAACAUUUGUAUAUUGUUGGAUGUUGGAACACGGCCCGGUGCUACAUCACUCUAUCAUUUGUGGAAGGCCUUCGAUACGAAUUCAAAUGUCGCUGGUGCCUGCGGCGAGAUUAAAGCUAUGACUGGUAAGGGUGGCUCAGCUUUGCUCAGUCCGCUUGUAGCGUCACAGAAUUUCGAGUACAAGAUAUCAAAUAUCCUCGACAAGCCCCUUGAGUCAGUUUUCGGAUAUAUCACGGUUUUGCCGGGCGCAUUCUCAGCUUAUCGGUACUAUGCCCUUCAAAAUGACCCCGUGACUGGACACGGCCCGCUCAGCCAAUACUUCAAAGGAGAGACUCUGCACGGAAGAGACGCAGAUGUCUUCACCGCCAAUAUGUACUUGGCAGAAGAUCGUAUCUUGUGCUGGGAGUUGGUUGCAAAGCGAGGAGAGAGGUGGGUGUUAAAGUAUGUUAAGAGCGCAACAGGUGAAACCGAUGUACCAGAUGCUGUUCCGGAGUUUGUCUCUCAACGCCGUAGAUGGCUAAACGGAGCCUUCUUCGCUGCUAUUUACAGUUUAAGUCAUUUUAAACAGAUAUGGCAGACGGAUCAUUCUAUCAUUCGGAAGAUACUUCUACAUAUUGAGUUUUUUUACCAACUUAUUUCUCUAUUAUUUACCUUUUUCUCGUUGGCAAACUUUUACCUUACUUUCUACUUUGUAGCUGGGGCUCUGACAGAUCCGACCAUAGACCCCUUUGGCCAUGGCUGGGGUAAAAGGAUUUUUAUCUUCAUGAAAUUCACGAUUACGCUCCUUAUUUGCAUCCAGUUUAUUCUCUCUUUGGGGAAUAGACCCCAAGGUGCAAACCGGCUGUUCUUCUGGUCAAUGGUUACCUUUGGUUUUAUCAUGGCAUAUACCACUUCCAUAGGUUUCUACCUGGUGAUCCGGACGGUUACAAGUAGUCCAGAUGAAUUCCAGGCCGGGGAGAAUCUACUCAUGAAUAUGGUGGUCUCGGUCUGCUCAACAGUCGGUCUCUACUUCUUGAUGUCCAUCCUAUAUCUCGAACCAUGGCAUAUGAUCACAUCAUCGGCCCAGUAUUUUGCAAUGUUGCCGUCUUACAUAUGCACGUUGCAAAUCUAUGCCUUUUGCAAUACGCACGACGUUACGUGGGGUACAAAGGGUGAUAACGUCAUCAAUACUGAUUUGGGUGCUGUCGUCAAGGAGAAAGGUGAUAUCGUCAAUAUUGAGCUUCCAUCCGAGCAACUUGAUAUCGACUCAGGAUAUGACGAAGCGCUAAGGAAUCUUCGUGAUCGAGUUGAAGUUCCAUCGGACCCACCAAACCCAAACCAGCUUAAAGAAGACUACUAUAAAAGUGUCAGAACCUACAUGGUUAUUUCCUGGAUUAUUGCCAACGGACUACUUGCGAUGGGAAUCACGGAAGCUUAUAGCACUGAGAACGUUGCUAAUAAUUUUUACCUAACUUUCAUCCUAUGGUCUGUGGCUGGUCUCGCAGCAUUCCGAGCGAUCGGAUCCUGUGCCUUCGGUGUCAUCAAUGUUGUACACAUGAUUGUACAAGGUCGAUAUAAGAUGAAAAUGGAACCCGGAUCGAACCCCCUGAAUAAACUAAGAAAACCUGCAUGGAAGAUUGGCGGUGGAAGUAGUCUUAAGAGCGCUAUCUCGAGCAAGCUACGUCGGUGA